GGCAGCGGGAUGUGAGCCCGGGCUCGGCAGCGCCCGCCGCCCCGCGCCCCGGGAAGAUGCUGAGCAGGUGGAUGAGUGGCAGCAGCAGGAACCUGGACCGCGAGUACAACUGCACCGUGCGGCUGCUGGACGACAGCGAGUACACCUGCACCAUCCAGAGAGAUGCCAAGGGCCAGUACCUGUUCGACCUCCUGUGCCACCACCUGAACCUGCUGGAGAAGGAUUACUUCGGCAUCCGCUUUGUGGACCCCGACAAGCAAAGGCACUGGCUGGAGUUCACCAAGUCGGUUGUGAAGCAGAUGCGGGCCCAGCCCCCCUUCACCAUGUGCUUCCGAGUCAAGUUCUACCCCACGGACCCCGCGGCGCUGAAGGAGGAGAUCACCAGGUACCUGGUUUUCCUGCAGAUCAAGAGGGAUCUGUACCACGGCCGGCUGCUGUGCAAGACGUCGGACGCGGCGCUGCUGGCUGCCUACAUCCUGCAGGCUGAGAUUGGGGACUACGACCCCGGGAAGCACCCCGAGGGCUACAGCUCCAAGUUCCAGUUCUUCCCCAAGCACUCGGAGAAGCUGGAGAGGAAAAUCGCAGAGAUCCACAAGUCGGAGCUGAGUGGGCAAACACCGGCUACUUCAGAGCUGAAUUUCCUCAGGAAAGCCCAGACUCUGGAGACCUACGGGGUUGACCCGCACCCGUGCAAGUGUGAGGGGUACUACAAGAGGGUUCACUUCAUCAAGUGGAACGAGGUGACCAAGAUGAAAUUCGAAGGGAAGACUUUCUAUCUGUACGUAAGUCAGAAGGAGGAGAAGAAAAUUGUUCUCACCUAUUUUGCCCCAACGCCAGAAGCCUGCAAACACCUCUGGAAGUGUGGGAUCGAGAACCAGGCUUUCUACAAGUUGGAGAAGUCGAGCCAGGUGCGGACGGUGUCCAGCAGCAACCUGUUCUUCAAGGGAAGCCGCUUCCGCUACAGCGGCCGCGUCGCCAAGGAGGUGAUGGAGUCCAGCGCCAAGAUCAAGAGGGAGCCCCCCGAGAUCCACCGGGCCGGGCUGGUGCCCAGCAGGAGCUGCCCCUCCAUCACGCACGGCCCGCGACUGAGCAGCGUGCCCCGCACCCGGCGGAGAGCCGUCCACAUCUCCAUCAUGGAAGGCCUGGAGUCCCUCCGUGACAGCGCCCACUCGACCCCGGUGCGCUCGGCUUCCCACGGCGACGCCUUCGCGGGCCCCGGGCGCAGCGGCCGCGCCGAGAGCAGCGAGCGGGUGGCCGUGAUCGCCGACGAGAGCUACAGCCCCGCCGACAGCGUGCUGCCCACGCCCGUGGCCGAGCACAGCCUGGAGCUGAUGCUGCUGUCGCGCCAGGCCAACGGGGCCCCGUGCAGCAUCGAGGAGGAGAAGGAGUCGGAGGCGGGCACGCCGGCGGCAGAGGCGGAGGGCGAGCUGCGGGCGCUGUGCCCGGGCGCCGCCGGCCUGGGGCCGGCACAGGCCCAACAGGUGAAUAAGUUUCUUUUAAGUGUCCUCCGUUUGCUCCUUGUGACAGUUGGACUCCUCUUUGUUUUGCUCCUCCUCCUGAUCGUCCUUACCGAGUCCGACCUUGACACUGCCUUUUUCCGUGAUAUCCGCCAGACCCCAGAGUUCGAGCAGUUCCAUUACCAAUACUUUUGUCCCCUCAGGCGAUGGUUUGCCUGCAAGCUCCGCGCCGUGGUAAACCUGCUCAUUGACACCUGAAGGCAGGAGCCACCACGGGGGCCUGGACCUGCCGCCGUCACUCUCUAACCCUCCCCUCCCGACCCAGCCCCGGCCGGCCGAGGAGGCGGCUUUCCGGGAGGAAGAGGAGGGUGGGCGCAGCCCCCGGAGCCCCCUCCUCCCCGUGCUCCCACCCCCGGAGCCCGCACAACACCUCCCGUCCCGACCCCACGCUCACGACUUGGGAAGCACCGAGCAGAGGGGAAUUCUUUGCUCUGCCAGCCCGGCCGGGGCUGGCGGGGCCGUUCCGCAGGAGCUUUAGCAAUGGUGCUACUGAGGUUUCAUUUAACACUCGUGUACUGUUACGGUAUUCAAUCCGCACUGUGCCCGCCACCCCCGCCCUCCACGAACCGCUUGGCAGAGCCCUCCCUGCUCACCGGAGCCUCCCAGGAGGUGACAGAGCUCUCGGGGACGCCCCGUGCCCUCCUCCCCGCAGCGCAGCCAUCCGGAGCCCUCGCCCUGCUGCGGACUCGGCCCUUCGCCACUUUUUUAAGCCUUGAAGAAUCGGUGCUCCCGAGGGCAGGGGAGCAUGGAAGCCAGGGGAUGCAAACCUGGCGUGGAGCUGUAGUGACUGUGUCAGAUUUAUUGGGAUGACCUUUACCCUCCGCCAGUUGUACCUGUUUUGUAAAAAAACCAAGCAAAAAGAACAAAAAAACAAACAAACAAAAAAAGAGAGAGACAUUUCAAGGUCUAUUUUAACAAGGAAAUGCUAUUUUGUUAUCUAAUCCAGUCUUUUUUUACUUUACGGAUGGGGUGACCGUGGGUGCCGGUACCGAGCGAUUCCCAGUGAGCAAUGGUUUAAGAGCAAACGCCAGGAGCCCAAGGCCAGCCGAGCCCUGCUGGGUUUGGGACAGAGAAGGAGCUCUGCUUUUGGGACUCUUCCCAAGAGGACACAAGUUCAGAAGCGCAGGUGACCCUGAAGAAGCCAACGGACACCUUUAGCCCCAACCGUGGUUGAGAGCAAGUCAAUAAACCCAGCUCAUCGUGAGGACCCCCGGACUGUUGGUCACCAGGAGCAGCAGCCCACCCACAGGGAGCAAUAACAGCCAGUUCUGGUUAGGUUGGGGUGACAAGUUGGACACAUCAGCAAAAAAAAAAAAAGAAAAAAAAAGAAAAAAAACAAAGAAGGAUAGAAACAGCUGAGCAAGUUUAAUUUCAUCUCAGGGAGAGAUUUUUCCGUAAGCUGGGGCCAUAACUGCAGUUUUACAAAGCCUGAUGUCCGUGUUGUCUUUGAGCAUCCAGCACCCACCGCCGGGUAGGACGGUGACCUUGGGCCCCUCCUUGUCACUGCAAUAAGGGGAGAGGUCCCGCGGGGGGCACAGUCCCCCUGCCCGGGUCACAGCCCGCUCACAGCACGAGGCCCAAGGAGGGUGGGGUCCAGCCCCGGCUCCAGAGCACGGCAGGAGCCCGGGGAAGGCUCCAGGAGCCCGGGGAAGGCUCCAGGAGCCGGGGGAAGGCUCCAGGAGGUGGAGGAGCGGUUUUUUUACAUGAUAAUCCUGUUUUAUGCAACAUAGCAGAAUUAACUCUUAGUGUAGUGUUCCUACCUCAGCCCAUAGUGCUGAUGUUUCUAUGCAGUUGUGCUCGUCCCGACGCUGACAUUUUUUACCCUGGGUUAACGCUGCAGUGUCGUCCUUUCUCCUCCUCCUCCUCCUCCUCCUCUCCUCACUGCAAUGUUCUGUGUGACGUGUGAUAGCACAGCUCCAUCCUUUUUGGACAUGUCCUCUGAGCCCCAGCUGGGCCCCUCCACCUUGGCUUUCCUCGGGUGACGCUCUGUGCCAGCCCCAGGUCACCUGUGCCGCUGUCCCCCAGCGUUUUACUGCAGAACCACAAGAAUUGGUGAUUUUCUGUUGUACGUUUCUCCCGUCGGUCCCAGAUCCUGUCGUGUGUUUCAGGCCCUGUUAGUUUUGCCCGUCUUUCUAUCAAAAUGUUGUUUCCAUAGGUUCUGAGAGCAGAAACCCAUGAAUCUCGUCCUAGCAUACUGCAUCUUUCAGCAGUAGACAGUAAAAGACCUGGAAAUGUGAAUUUCUUAGUUUUCAUAAAGAAAACCUAGAGAUUAACCUUUCAUGUGCCAAAUACUGUAAGUUACAUUCUUUUUUCCUUCAAAAUGUACCUUUUUCUACAUAUCCAAUACCUUAGUUAGCAUAAAAUCAUU